UGCGGCCUGUGGGCUGGGCGGCCCUUCCGGUCUGCGCCGGCCCCCGGCCUCCAGGGCGGCGGAGCCGGGAAGUGGGAGAGGGGGCGAAGGAGGCGGAGACUGCCGCGGCUGCAGCCCGGCCGGGCUCCGAGCGAGGGACUGCAUGGAGCGGCCGGCGCGGCUUUGCGGGCUGUGGGCGCUGCUGCUCUGCGCCGGCGGCGGCGGGGUGGCCGCGCCCGCGGAAACUCAGCCACCUGUGACGAAUUUGAGCGUGUCUGUUGAAAACCUCUGCACAGUCACAUGGACAUGGAAUCCUCCUGAGGGAGCCAGCCCAAAUUGUAGUCUAAAGUAUUUUAGUCAUUUUGGCAACAAACAGGAUAAGAAAAUUGCUCCAGAAACUUAUCGUUCAAAAGAAGUGCCCCUGAAUGAGAGGAUUUGUCUGCAAGUGGGGUCCCAGUGUAGCACCAACGAAAGUGAGAAGCCUAGCAUUUUGGUGGAAAAGUGCAUCUCGCCCCCUGAAGGCGAUCCUGAGUCCGCUGUUACUGAGCUACAAUGCAUUUGGUAUAACCUGAGCUACAUGAAGUGCGCUUGGCUGCCUGGAAGGAAUACAAAUCCUGACACUAACUACACUCUCUACUAUUGGCACAGCAGCCUAGGAAAAAUUCUUCAGUGUGAAGACAUCUAUAGAGAAGGUCAACACAUUGGUUGUUCCUUUGCUCUGACUAAGGUGAAGGAUUCCAGUUUUGAACAACACAGUGUCCAAGUAAUGGUCAAGGACAAUGCAGGAAAAAUCAGACCAUCCUUCAAUAUAGUGCCUUUAACUUCUCAUGUGAAACCUGAUCCUCCACAUAUUAAAAAUCUCUCCUUCCAAAAUGGUGACUUAUACGUGCAGUGGAAGAAUCCACAGAAUUUUUAUAGCAGAUGCUUAUCUUAUGAAGUAGAAGUCAAUAACAGCCAAGCUGAGACACAUGAUAUUUUCUACGUUGAAGAGGCCAAAUGUCAGAAUUCAGAAUUUGAAGGAAACCUAGAGGGUACAAUUUGUUUCAUGGUCCCUGGUGUUCUUCCUGAUACUUUGAACACAGUCAGAAUAAGAGUCAAAACAAAUAAGUUAUGCUAUGAGGAUGACAAACUCUGGAGUAAUUGGAGUCAAGCAAUGAGUAUAGGUCAGAAGGCCAAUCCAACAUUUUACAUAACCACGUUACUCAUCAUUCCGAUCUUCGUUGCGGCUGCAAUCAUAGUCCUUCUGCUGUACCUGAAAAGGCUCAAGAUUAUUAUAUUCCCUCCAAUUCCUGAUCCUGGCAAGAUUUUUAAAGAAAUGUUUGGAGACCAGAAUGAUGAUACCCUGCACUGGAAGAAGUACGACAUCUGUGAGAAGCAAACCAAAGAGGAAACUGACUCUGUAGUGCUGAUAGAAAGCCUGAAGAGAGCCUCUCAGUGAUGGGGAUAAUUUAUUUUAACCUUCAAUGUGACCUUGUGAAGAUUCAUUCCGUUUUCCAUUUGUUAUCUGGGAACUUGUUAAAUGGAAACCGAAACUACUGGACCAUUUAAAAACAGGCAGUUCAUAAGAGCCACAGGUCUUUAUGUUGAGCCGUGCACCGAAAAACUAAAAAUAAUAAUGGGCCCUUUGGAGAAAAGAGUGGAGUCAUUUUCGUUGAAUUAUAAAAAGCAGACGUCUUUUGCUAAGGCUUCCAACUAGAGGACAAAAGCAAAAAGUGAUGAUGGCAGUCGAGUUAAUCUUAUCAAGAGUUGUGACAACUUCCUGAGGGACCUAGGCCUGCUUUGUAUUCUUUGUCUCAAAUAAUACCAACAAAUUUUAUUUGUAGGAGAACUCAUUUUGGGUGCAAAUGCUAAAGUCAAACUUGAGUCAUAGAGAACAUCUAGCAAACAAAAUUGAUAAAAUCUGUUAUCUGUUGUUUGGGAUCCCACUGAGUAAUGGCUAUGGCUAUUAACACUCUUUAAUAGUCCGGAAUCUUCAUCCCCUUCAGCAGCAUUUUCCUCUGCUUUGAAAGGCCCAGGCAUCCAUGUUGGCCGUGACUACAGCAAAAGCAGAAGAAGCUUCUUGACUGAGAUCUUUCAAAGCCAUUUCAGGCUUUUAAGGGCAGUAGAGGCAGAAUGACUUAUUGGGUAUUAGAGUUUGAACGACACAGUCUCUAAUGAUGCAUUGUUUUUUCUUCACCUCCGCUACUCAAAUCAAGUAUUUACUCUGCGUCCAGAUUGUGUUAGGCCCCCAGGUGUGAGGCACCAACUCCCUCAAAGAAUUCACAGUCUAGUUGGGUCUCCUCAGUUCUUUCUCCCCACCAGUCAUUUUCCAGACCUUUCAACACCCCACUUCCCACCUCGAUUUCCCUUUUUGCAUCUCCCUCAUUCCCUUCUGUGUAGUCUUUCACCUCUCAUGAGCAAUUAGAAUAUAAAUCUGCUCACAGCACCUAGAGGAGCAGGGAGUAAUUUGCAUCUCAGGAAAAGUGUGAGUAGACUGAGAAACAAUGACUAAUUCUCGCAUAUUUUGUAACUUCUGUGUGACUCUGCAUUUAUUUGAAGCUUUUCAGCAUUUACUGUUUCUGUAUGCAUUUUAUAAACAGAAAACAGUUAUUAUCGUCACCUAGAACUUUGCUAUUUGCUUGAGAAAAAAAGAAUAGUUGUGUCUUUCUCUUUUCCCUUACUCCCACAAAUGGUUAUUAGUAGGUUUUGUUUCUUAUAUUGAUAACCAGCCAUCCAAGGCUCCAACGUUUGUAUUUUUUUUUUUGCAUAUGUUAAGGCUCCAUUCUCACCCAUCCCCACAACGUAUCCAUAUAUAUAUAUAUUCCCUCUACUUCUACUUCCUCCAUAUUUAAAGUGUGGAAAUGAGAAGUCCCCCUCCAAUGUUUCUCUCCUCACACACAUAGACUCAGAUUACUGGUAGGAACUUGAGAACUCUAUAUCACAAGUUCUCCAAACAUUCAUCCAUUUGUAUUAAUAAGAUAAUGCUACUUCCAAUUCCUGCUCUUAGGGAAGGGAGAUCAGACAUCCCUGCUCUUUUCAGGUGUGGGUACAGUGCAGGAGAACUGUGCCCUGGCUUUCCUGAGGAAAUUGGGGUUCGUGGCAAUGGCAGAUGGCAAGGUGUUUCCUCCCCCUGCUUUUAUAUUUGAGGUCAGACUGAGGCUGGGAGACGGGCAUGGAUGUGCUAUUCUGUCCUACUCUUCUCUAGAAAGAAUAUUUGGUUUUCCUGUGUAGGGAUGAGAUGAUUUCCUAGCCAGCUCUUAUACUUCCGCGAAACAAAACACCUAAAUGCCUCACCCAAAGCCAUUUUUCCUGUCAUCCUAUUUAGAUGGCAGUGCGGGGAGGGGAUGCUUUGAUAUUCUGAUUACCCAGAGAACUGACGCCUACAGUCCUGCAGCCUGGGAGUGGGCUGGGAGCGGGGGUGUUUCCAUCUUGCUCUUUUAGUGGUAAAAUAGUUGAGGGAAAAGUGGGCAGUGAAUUAUGGGAGUACCUAUGGCUGUUAUAUAACUGCUGACAACUGAUCCCCAGGUCUUGAGAGCUCUUGGAGACUUUAACACAUCAGUGGAAUUCCCACUACCCGUAGGAAACUAGUAGGUUCAUGUGCUAUUUUAUGUCUAACCUUUAUGGAUUUGUUUUCUCCACAUAUCUAAGUAAAGCCACUGUAAGGAUGGUCAUUCCUAUUCUUUCAUUCAGAUAAGUGUGUUCUUCAUCCCGCACUGAAGGGAUACGUGAAACAAUGUUAACAUUUUUGGUAAUGCCUUCAAAUGAGGAUCAUUUUGUUUAACUUCUUACAGAAAAGCUUGAGUAAAAUAAAUAUUAAUUGUCUUUUUGUAUGUCACCCAAA